CACCGCACACAGAUAGAGGAUCACGGCAGAGGCACAGGAGCCACUCUGAUUUCCAGGUUGCAGCUCCCCGUUGAAAACUGAAUGCGAACGACUCGUGCUGCUUGCUUGGAUGCAAUGCGCUUCAAGAACAGAGACGCGAUUGAUAGUGAAAUAAUCGCACUUGGAGAGGAAAACGCCUUACUGGCACUUUCCUGAGAAGAGGAAAGCAAAGCCCUAAAUAGGUUUUCUUUUGCAUGGAUCACAGGGAAUGUGCACUGGAGUGGAUAUAACAGAGAAAAAGUCAUCUCCUUGGAUUUGUACGCAAAGUAAAUGAACAUUCGAGCUUGAACUUUUCCUCCGACAAUGUGAAUCAAGACAAAUAUGAUGCGCGUUAGAGUGAUUUUUCAGUGAUCUUCAGCACCGUUGGCUCAUUGAAGAUGCAGGUGCUGCUUUUAAGAACCAUAUUUCUCAUUGCUGGGUGUCCACAUGUUAUGCUGCAUGGAGAAAAUCAUUAUGCACACACCAAAGAAACUAGCAAUAUCACUCUUAGGAGUUCUGACGGUCCAAAACCCUGUGCUACGCAUCCUGCGAGGCAUCAAGCAGGCACACCUGCCUUUGACAUCAAACACAUGCUUUUGGAAAGCGAAGGUAAACAUGGAUACAGACAUCUCUUGUCAAACAGAAUGCAUGCGGUCACAAAGAAUGGCAUGAUCCUGCACAAGCGCUUGCGGCGACAUAAAAGGAAAAAGUUGAAUGGUGAGAUGCCUGCUACCAUGGGAACAGCAAGUGGACACAAUAACUCCAAGCCCUAUUCAAUUAGCAAAAGAGGGGACCACAAGAGAAACCACAGACGCAAAAGAGGCACAAAGGAGCACCACAAGAAAACAUUUAAGAGCAUAAAAAGGGGCCCGAAUAAAGGUGGCCUCUUGGCACCACCCGAAACUUAUUAUAGUGCCCUGACAUCGUCUUUAACCCUUUGGGAACCAUUGCCCAAACCUGUGGCUCUCACCUCCACAGAUUUUCCCUUUGAUCUCACCAGACAUACUGAAUUGCAGACCAAACAGGUAGAUGACCCUUGGGAUGCAACGCCAAUGACACCUCCAUACGCAGAGGAUGAGGAGAGCGAAUUUUUCCCAAACCCUUUUUACCCCGUUACUAGCGAGACGUACGGGGCGUAUGCAAUCACUAUAGUUGCAGUCCUUAUUUUCGCUGUUGGAAUAAUAGGGAACAUAGCAAUAAUGUGCGUUGUGUGCCAUAAUUACUACAUGAGGAGCAUCUCAAAUGCUCUUCUGGCCAACCUUGCCAUUUGGGACUUGGCGCUGAUAUUGUCUUGCCUGCCUCUCGUGGUGUUCCACGAACUGACUAAGACCUGGUUAUUGGGCCAGUUCACCUGUAAAGUCAUACCAUAUAUUGAGGUGGCGUCCCUAGGUGUGACCACAUUCACCCUGUGUGCGCUCUGCAUCGACCGUUUCCGUGCCGCCACCAACGUGCAGAUGUACUACGAGAUGAUCGAGAACUGCACGUCCACUGCGGCCAAGUUGGCAGUCAUUUGGAUCGGUGCCUUACUCCUCGCACUGCCCGAACUCCUGAUCCGCCAGCUGGUGUCAGAAAACGGUGACGGCAUGGUAGACAACCCUACUUUAGAACGCUGCCUGAUUCGCAUUUCAACUUCCCUGCCCGACACGCUUUACGUCCUGGGACUGACCUAUGAGGGCGCCCGUCUGUGGUGGUGCUUUGGUUGCUACUUCUGCCUGCCAACACUUUUCACCAUUGGCAGCUCGGUCGCGACCGCCCGCCGAAUCCGUCGCGCUGAACGUGGCUGCGCUAGAGGCAACAAAAAGCAGAUUCGAUUGGAAAGCCAAAUGAACUGCACCGUAGUGGCACUUGCAAUCGUCUACGGCGCAUGUGUGGUUCCAGAGAAUGUGUGCAACAUGGUUUCAGCGUACAUGGCGGUCGGGGUGCCGCAGAGCACCAUGGCAUUGUUGCACCUGCUCAGUCAACUGCUGCUUUUCCUACGAGCGGCCAUUACGCCAGUGCUGCUGCUCUGCUUGUGCAGGCCAUUCGGUCGUGCCUUCCUGGAAUGCUGCUGCUGCUGCUGUUGUGUGGAUGUGUGCGGAAUUGCGGCCCACUCUUCAGCCACAGCGAGUGACGACAACGAGCACGAGUGCACCACCGAACUGGAGCUGUCUCCAUUUAGCACUAUACGCAGAGAAAUGUCCAACUACACUGCGACUGGGUCGCACUGCUGAGUUUGCGCUAUUUGUAUGUGUGCAUUUGUGUUUGCGUGAAUUUUAGUGCCAACAAUGCCACACCCUGUACUGUGAAAGCACACUCUUUUGUCAUACCUGUGUAAAUACUUUUACCACAACUGAUAUGUUGCUCUUUUGAAGAAAAUAAUGUAGACUGAAAAUUAUGUAAUACAAUUUUUUGUAUAGUAGUUUUUAAUAUAUACAGUAUACAAACACUAAGAUAGUGACUGCUUUUGGUUUUAAAGUUUUUUUGCACUGCCAACCACUUUAGCUUUUUCACCACACUGUUUCCACAUUUACACUGUGUAUACACUUGAAGCAUCGCAACUGCAUGUCAUCUCCAAAUGUAUGCUAACCACAGACCAAUCAGCUGUGAGCUCGAUGCUAGACUUCACCCACAGUAAAAUAUAAAGAUAGGUAAAGUUUGUCAGGACAAACUUUGAUGUUGGCUUGAAACCCUGUGCUCUUGAUGGUUUAAAAUAGUUUUAAAAGCUUGAAGUCAGGCCCAACAGUUAGACAAGCAAAAAUAAUUUAAGGCCACGUCCACACUGAUAUGUUUUCGUUUGAAAACGCAUCUUUAUCUCUACCUUUUGGCAUUCCAUCCACACUGAGACGCCGUUUUUGACAGCAAAAACUGAGCUUUUCGAAAACACUCUCCAAAGAGGAUACAUUUGAAAACGGUGUCUUCGUGUAGUUGUGUGAACAGGGGAAACGGAGAUAUCUGAAAAUGACGACUUAUUUGUAGUCAUGUGAUCCAUUCAACCCAAAACAAUCAAGAUGGCGGCCCAUGUUGUAGCGGUGUUGUUGUGCCUGCUAUCCACUUUGAUAGUGUUGUUAGAGAUAACUGUUUCUUUGUACAACCUUCACAUUGCAUUCCUUCAAAGGCGACGGGAAAUUUGCUCGGAAUAGCUGUCUGGUGACGGAACACAAGGACAAUUGCGUUUUAGACCGUGCAUGUAGUAAGAGGAUUUUAAGGGGAUCAUACAUUUCAGUGUGGAUGAGAAACUUUUGGUAAAUGCUUGAAAACGUCAGUGUGGACGGAGAGCGUUUCGAAAACGAAAAACACCGUUUUCAAAUGUUUCUGGAUUAAUGUGGAUGUAGCCUAUGAUAAUCAGAAAGCUAACAAGCUAGUAAGCUAGCAAGAUAGAUAGAUAGAUAGAUAGAUAGAUAGAUCACGAACAUUUGAACUUGGCCAUUCUGUCAAUGUCUGUAGAAUAAAAAUGUUUUGUUUUUUUACAUGUUUUUUAAGCCAACAUAAUAAAGUUUAAUUAAAAUAAAAAAUAAUCUUUACUUUUUCAACAAAAAUGAAUUGGUAUUAAAACUGAAAUAAUUUUAUGCAAUAUUCGCAAUUCUACAACUGCAUUAGAAACCAAAGAUUCAAUUAAGAAACCCAGAAAUUUAAGAUUUAUUUAUUUGAUAUUUAAAUAGGUACCCAAAGGCCAGAAACAUCACUUGCUGGCUUACGCCUAAUGUUAUUUAAAUAGCCUACAUGACAAAUUAAAUUCUUUACAAAAAAAUAAAUGCAUAUUAUUUUUAUUUUAAAAACAAAUAAAUAAAUAAAAAAAUAUUUCAGAUGGACAGAGGGUAUGCUAAAAAUUUCCCAGGCAGAUCUCAAAAUAAAGUUUUGGAAAAUGAUAUUACGUGCUUCAUUACACGUUUCGCUGCAGUUUCCCAGUGAAAUAUCCAGUGGGGGGCGCCAAAAGCAAGUGAAAUUAUGUUGUAAUCAGACAAAAUUUCUAAGGUGAAUAUUAGAUGGAUGUUUUAAUGGGUAAAAGGUACCAUUCUAACCUAAAACUUUAACCUAAACCUAACCAAUAGUGUCCUAAAAGCAAAUGAGAGGUAAUCAAAAUCCUAAACCAUCCUUACCUAAACCAACACAUAAACCAAACCGAUAGUAUUUUAAAAGCAAAUGUGACAUAAAAUGUAAAUUCUCUGAAGCAACCACGUAAUUUCAUGUCGCUUCUAUGAUGCUUUUGUCUCACGUGUCAGCUUGCGUUUGACUUUCUCGAACCUCUGUCUUCCGAGUCCAAAGUCCAACACACUAUCAGGUGAGAUACUGCAUGAGCUAAUCACAUUAGAAUACGUGUUGGGUCUGUAAUACAAGCGUUAAAAUGUAUCGUUUUUUAAAUGAUGCGUUACAGUAAAACUGUGUUGCAGUCGUGAUUUGUGUGAAAGUGACUAAAAAGCACAGUCGUUGUAGCGGCUCUAGAAUACAUUUCACCAAGAAACUGCAGCGAAAACUUGAGCGCGGCGCAUAAAACUCAGUUUGCAAAAAUGUAGUUAUAAUAGCGUUCAUUCUAUGAGACUAGGUUGCAGCCUAAUUUCCAAUCUAGACAGCUCCAACAAUUAUAAAGGGAUUGAUCUAGUUUUGACGCGUUCAGUGGAGACACAGUGUUAAUGUCACACGGUGUGUUUCUGCAUUUAUUGAAAGUAACAUUUCUCUAAGAUUUCUCUAUGGCUGUGUGUUGCGUGCCGUGACCUUUCUCUAUACGAAGGUGAUUCUUGUGAAUCGUUUUUUAAGUCUGUAGAGCAGAUGUGUGGGUAACUCACCCACCCUGAUCUGUAUGUUUCUUAUACCUGUAAAUGCCCACACUACAUGCUUGUUCUAGUUAACGGUUUCUAAACGUUUUUAUAUAACCAAAACAAAAUGUCUCUUAAAUAAACCAAAAGGUUUGCUAGAAGAGUGGCAAACUGAUAUAU